AUGCACAGAGGUCAGCGCUCCCCGCCUCGCCUUGCGCCGCCGUCCCUUGCCUCCACACGCCUCCCCACCGCCGCCCCCACCCGCCCUCUCGCCCCCCCUGCUCCUCUCCCUUGCACCCGCCCUCCCAACGCUGCUGCUCACACUGCUGCUGUUGCUGCUGCUGGUCCUCAUGCCACUGCUACCACCACCAUCCCCGACUCUCCCGCAUCUCCUCCGCCCUCCGCUGGCAAUAUCUUGCUCCCCCUUUUUAUCCGCGCCCCCGCCCACGCGGACUUGCGCCGCUUUGAUCCCCCCCCUUGGCGCCUUGCGGCUUCGCCUGCGCCGCUUUCGAUUGCGCGGAACGACGUGCGGGUGCGCGGUGAGUCCGAUCUUCCACGGAACCACGUGCCUGUGCCGCUCCCACUUCGCGAACCCGCGGACAAGCGGCAGCAGCAGCCACGACCCGAUCCGCCGACUGCCGCCGCCGCCGCCGCUGCUGCUGCUGCUGGGGCCGGGAAAGAAGAAGCGGAGCCACGAGUUGCGCGAGGAGGAGGGCUGCGGGGGGGCUUUGCGCUCCCUCAUGGGGUGCUGCGCGACUUGAGGGCAGCUCCCCCCUUGCUCAAUGCCGCCCCAAGCCACGUGCUGCGACAAGCCACUCCAGUCAGACAGCGUUCCAGCGAGAACGGUAUGGUACUGACAGUGAAGAGGGAGGAGAUGGCGGGCGGCGAGGGCGAGCGCGUGGCGGCGUUGGAGGCGAAGCUGAGGGAGCAGGGCGACGCCAUGGCUGCCAUGCAGCGCGACAUGGGCGCGCUGAAGGCGGAGCUUGCGCGAAUGAGGGUUGCGGCGGAGCGGCGGGCGGCGGAGGUGGUGAACGUGAACGCGACGGCGGCGCACUCGGAGGCGCGCAUCAACGACGUCGAGCUGGCGCUCGCCGCCAUCAACUUGAAGGACGGCCGCGCGGGGGAGAGCCGCGCCGAGCGCGAGGCGGGCAGCGCGGGGAAGCGGCGGAAGAGAGAGGAGUUGCCGGGGAAGGAGGUGGAGAUGGUAGCGAAGGAUGGGGUGCAGGAACUUAGGGAGGAAGGGUGCCAAGACGUGGGAGGUGAGUGCUUGAUUGGUUUAAAUAGUCUUUCGUUCUAA